AUGACUCGAGCAUUGACCCUUCUCGGAGGAGUCCUCGCUAUCGUCAUAUUUUACCUCUACCAAACUCGCUCGAGAAUUCAUCGAGAUGGGAAGAGUCUCCGACGGCCUCCAAACACCCUGCCCUUUGUCGGCAACGCCUUACACUUCUUAAAACCUCGACAUGAACUUUUCUCAUGGUUUGUCAAAUGUCAACAGGUAUUUGGCCAUGAGACAAUUGAGAUCUCUGUUCCAAGCUUGCCACCAGGCGUUGUGAUCAAUAGUCCUGAGAACCUUGAGUUCGUGCUCAAGAAUGAAGCCUCAAUCUCAAAGGGCGAAUUCUUCCGGGAGAGGUCGUGGGAUCUUUUCGGCUACGGCAUUAUCAACUCGACUGGUGAUUUAUGGAAAGCUCAACGGAAAGCUGGGUUGAAAUUCUUCGGUGGUGCAACACUGGACUCUAUGGUAGAAGAUGUGCUUCCGGAGGUCUACUUCUCUGAGACUGGUUUGCGGCGGCAGCUUUCACAAGCUAGCGAUGAUCACAGCAUUAUCGAUUUGCAAAAACUCUUCCUCGAUCUUACAACCACCGUCGUUGGGUAUAUGGCAUACGAUAUGGAGAUCUCCAGUACACAUCCAUUCAGCAAAGCAUUCGACCACGCUUCGAACCACAUAGGCCUACGAUUUCAAAACCCUCUGUACAAGCUCACCGAGCUGUUUACAGGCUCAACAUUCCGCUCCUCAGUCACAGAAGUGAAACGCUUCGGGCACGAUAUCGUGCGAAACGCUCGAAAACGCCGCGCCAGAGACGCAUUCGAGAGCCUGAUUACGCAAUCCGACUCGGAGCAGUCACACUCUGGGUCUUCCUCGGGUGGAGAGGCUUCGAGGUUCGGCACUCUGAUCGACAGCCUGAUCGAAGCGUUCGCCAAUCCGACUAUAGUCGCCGACGCGGCGUUGAAUUUCCUCAGCGCGGGGCGCGACACCACUGCGCAGAGCCUCACUUGGACGUUAUACGCACUGCUACGGAACCCCGAGACGAUUGCGAUCUUACGAGGGGAAAUCGAUCCGAUAUUCUCGCGCGCAAAGAAAAAUACCGACGAGAACAAGCAAGGCACAAAAGAAGCAAACCCCAUUGCCCCCAUCACCCUCUCAGCCUUGCAACCGCUCUCCCUCCCAAUCACACACGCCGUCUUCCACGAAUCAUUACGCCUGUAUCCACCCGUCCCGAUCGAGAUUAAACAAACGCUCGUCCCCCUGACCCUCCCCGACGGCGUCUCCCUCCCCACCUCCGCGGUCGUAGUCUGGUGCAUCUGGUCACUGAAUCGCUCAACAUCAACAUUCGGGCCUGACGCACACGCCUUCCGACCUGGCCGCUGGAUCGACAGCUCGGGCAAACUCAUUCGGCGUAGCGAGGCGGAAUAUCCGGUGUUCAAUGGCGGGCCGCGCGCGUGUCUAGGUCGCAAGAUGGCCGAGGUGCUCGCUUGUUGGGUCCUGGGGGUGGUGCUGGCGGAGUUUGAGUUUGAGGAGGUUGUGCAUCGAGAUGGGCGGAGAGAGGUGAAGGAGAGAGUCAGUGCCAAUAGUCUGACAUUGCCCAUGGAUGGCGGCCUGCCUUGUCGUGUGAGGCUGAGGGCAAGGUAA